AAGGAAAGUUAGUUACUUCCCAGAAACUGCUGCAAAACUUUGCACUCUACUGGUCUCGCUGGGAAGCUAAUGAAUAUCUUAGAGUAAGGUAAGCUACGGUUUUUAUAUGAUCAUUCGUCGAUGCACGUUCUACAGAUCCAGAGUAAGCAACAAUCUUUCAGCUGUCUCGAAUAUUGGUCAACAGUAACUGAGAAUUCACAAAAUGCGCAUUAACGCGUACUCUUCAUGCAAGAGAACUUGGAGACGCACACUUUAUUUGCCACUUUCAUGAAUUCGUGCUUGUAAUACUAAAAUGGGAGAUUAGACUGGGGUAACUUUCGCAAAAGAGAACUUCUGUCGGCAAAUUUGAGGAAAAGUUGGUAAACACACAUUUCUACAUGAGAAUUAUGUGCUGAACACGAAAAUUUUGUUUACCAAGGUUGGUUCCACCAUUUAGACCUUGAAAUCAGCCGUUAAGGUUAGUAUUAAUAAAUUGUGACAUGAAAACGAGGCUGCAUGUUGUAUGAGGAUGCAGAGUACUCUCUAACGGUUAAAAUUCGUUCAGAUCAACAGGUGACUGAUACAACUUAUUACUUACAGUACCUCGCAGAAACCGUCUGAAAAUCACGUGAUUUUUCUAGUCACGUGACCAUUGAAAACGGGGUUAUAGGCUAUUCAGAAUUUUGACAAAUUUGACGGCACAGUCAAAAAAGAAACAAAAUUACCAAUCCAGCAAUUCGCUCCAAUAGUUACAGCAGCUAUAGAAAUUUAAUUUUCAGCUAUUUCCUAAGAUAUUUACAGUACGUUUGCGAUCUAUAUAUUGCAGACACCUUACUUCCAUUUUCAAGUAUUGAAUUUCUAGAUGUUUGCAAAAUCCUUGAAAUAAUUAACAAAAACUGCAUUUUCUUAAAACUACUUUUAACUUUCACGCCCUAACCAUUCUGGAUACAUGCUGUACUUAUAACUAAGAAGGAAGGUCAUAACAUUCGAUUGAUUGCAGCCAUUUUAGAUGCGUCUGAUGUCAGCUUCUGAAACAUAUUUAAGACCUAAAUUGAUAUUGUAAACAUCAGACAUCCUACAGGACGAAAAUUAAAAAAAACCCGUUAUUAGUCCAUAGACAAUUAUAAAACAAGAAUAAAAAUUUGUUAGAGAAGCUAAACGCUUUGUUCUGCUGAACUGUACCAUUUACUGUCCUUGGUUUGCAAUGACAUUACCAUCAACUUCAUUUCUGCAAUUGAACCUAUUUGUUGAACAUCCUGAUUUGCAGCUACAGGUAAUCAUCUCGGUACAGCUUUCGGGUACAGGCUAGGGGCAAGAGUCAUUAACUUAGGCACGAGCUUUCCGUCAUCAGAAUUAGUCCAUCCCAUGGUUUCUGGAAGUGGGAAGGUGGGGUUCGUUUUAUGGGCUUGUCUCCAUAACAUUGCUUGAAAGCGUGCGCUAGUAAUAUGCCAUCAUGCUGCAUCACUUGUGUGGGGAAGUGCCUCUGGGAAUCUGCCCCAACCAAACAACGUCGCACGUGCUUUAUCACAUUCCUCUGCAUUAGCAGCAUUGUACACUGCAAAUGAAUUUUUCUACGGACUUCACAGUCGUGUCAUCCAGGUCUCCAUCUGCAAAACUUUCCAAUAGCGUUUGGUGAUGAGGUGAUGAGCAAAUGCCUUCCAGGCAGUUUUCUUGCUAUGCUUAGCAAAGAAAGAGACCGUAUCACAGCCUGUUAGCGCAUGAAAAGGAAAGAUGGCUUCCCUGUACCCAUCAAAUGCAACAUCUAUCCGGUCAUAGUCCUUUCCACAGACAAGGGCAGCUUUCAAAAAUCUAUAUACGAGAUCGUCGAAUUUGUUACACUCUGAUGGUCUUCCUAGAGCCAUGACUAAUUCUUGACCGGCAAUUAGUAUUGUCGAACGUUCUGGGACUGGUGUGACCCGAGGAUGUUCCAUCUCACCCAAGACAGCAGCUCUAUUAUCACGGAUUGAUUUCCAGAUUGUGGCUGACCAUUGGUAUCUGCGAUAGCAAGCGAAACAGAGACUAACUCGUAGCUGAAGCAAAUCUACUCUUCUACCAGCAUCGUACGCUGUAAUGAUGCGCUGGAGGAUCAUUCUGUCAGUUUCGAUAGCGGCAGACUUUUCUCUUUCUUUCUUUUCAGACUCAUAAGGAGAAACAAAUGUCACGGCUUUACUUUUGGGAAGAGGAUCCCUAAGCUUCUUUUAAUUCUCAUCUUCGUUUGGGAUCAUAAGCCUUUCUUUAACAAAAGUGUCCAGUUGUUUCUGGCCGAGGCUGCCUGCUUUCAACAGAGAUUCUCAUCUAUCUGUGUGGUUGCCACGUCCUUAGUAACCAUGUUCUUUAAUCUCUCAAGAACCGUUUCUUUUUAUUGAUUGACGUUGAAGAUGUCAGUUUGCCUGAUGUAGCAACAAGCCACAACAACACUGCGGCACGGUCAUCUUUAGCUAUAUCUAUUGAUCGAGAUAUACUUCGUUAAAAUUAGCAAUUUCACGGAAUGAUACUUGCCCUCAGCCACAAUUAGGUCAUUCACACCCGACACACGCAAGGAAAGGUCGUGGUCACACUUUGCUCCAACAAGUAUCCGCUGACUCAUUUUAAACGUUGUCACUGAGAACAGUAUUUGCUUUUUAAGCAUUGACCCGUCUUAACAAAAAAUACACAGUUCCCAUUCGAUAGAAGAGUUUUUGCUGCGGAGAGCUGAACUUGCAGCCAUUUCUGGCAGUGGAUGGGUAUCCUUCGACGAAUCAAGCGAUUUCCUUAAUCUACUUAAUUAUAUCUUACCCUUAUCAGUCUACUUUGCAUAGCAGCUCUUGUGCCAGCUUAAAUUCUCAGCUUUGUUUUGCUUCGAUUGCCUCCAAUAUCGCGUCUGUUACAUCUGUAUUGUUUGUGUCUCCUAAUUUUCUUUGUUCUUCAGAGGACUCUUUCAGUAACGCAGGCCUUGCUGUAUUGCGUUAAAGACGAUAUCUUUUUUCGUUUCCUGGCAUAUAAUGCAUUUACUGAAGGAGAGUGUAAGGGCAGAUCUCUUCCAACUUAGCCGCUUCUCCAACAUUAAAAAUUAUGUAAUCCACGAAAACAAUCUUUCCAUGCAACUCUCCAUAAUAAAAGUAACUCGAAUGAGCAGAAUGGUUUUUGGAAUGAAACGUAGAGCCCGACUUUCGUUUUCUAGCCAGGGCCAACGCUUCAUGCAUUUAUAUGGGUUUGUUUGGUUUUUUUUGGCCCAGCAAAAAGGGUUUUUAAAAACAAGUUAUCCAUCCAUCAAAAAUCACAAUGCUGGAGAAGUGACUUGCUUAAAGCUUUACUGUUAAAAAGUACUUAAAAGAUCGACUACAUAAAAUUAUUAAUUAAAUGGAGGAAAACGAAAAAUAAAAUUCAGCGGCUACCUUUCUGUUGAAACAAACAUAUGACACGCUGCACUGACUUUCGUUUCCUAGGCAAAGUCAAAGCUUCAAGCAUUAAAAUGGGUUUACUUAUUUGAUAAUCUUCGUAGCAAAAUAACAUUUUUUACAAGUUUUCCAUCCAUUAACGUUGGGGUAGUGAUUUGUUUUAAGCUAUACAUUGGUAAGAAGAUGGACGAUAUAAAAUCGUUGAAUGAGGGAAACACAACGCAGAAUAAAACUUGGCGCAACCUUUUUGCUGCCAGAUCUAUUUUUGUUUUAAUGCUCGCACCAGAUGUCACUAGCCCUGAUGAAGACCUUUUGUACUAACUGAAAUAUAUUCCUUAUUAAAAAUACCCUUGGCAUAGUUCAUCCUUAAUCAAAACUGGUUUUAUUUAAAAGAAAAUGUUUCCUUCAGAUAGUUAUACGACGAACACACUCGUCAACUUCUUUCACUAGCGUCUCUGAAUUUCCAAAUAACUUUUUUUCAGGCUUCAACCGUCUAUUAGUUUAUUUCAUAACAAAAAAAAAAUUACAGUUAGCUAAUUUGGGGCAAUAAUUUGAGUCAAAUGUGGUUUUGAAAAGCGGGGAAAAUUUUAGCCUCGUUUCCAUGUCCAGAAAUAAGCUCAUUUUUUUCGAGGUCAGAUUUUGUGGUUAAAAACUCAAAAUCAAGCUUGGUAAACAAAUUUUUCGUGUUCAGCACGUAAUUUUCAUCUAGAAAAAAGUAUUUACCAACUUUUCCUCGAGUUUGCCGACAGAAGUUUUAUUAGCGGCUUUUUACCAAAAGUUGUCCCAGUCUAGAUCUUGAGCUUGUAGAACAAAAACAAUCCCCGAGUCUACAAGUACCAUUGUUCAAUCACAGUGCCAUGACAGUGCCGAUACAUUGUAACUACAAACUACAUGUAAAUGAAAAGAAGUUAAGUUAAAGUGAACUCACCUUUCAUUAAGUUAAGUUAAAGCUUAAAAUUUAAUUUGACCAUCUUGUAUUUUCUUUCUUCCACGCAAUCAAGGUUUUUCGCACGCAUUAACUGAAAAUGCACGAAAAACAAGUCCUUGCAAAACAACUUGAACUUGUUGUGCAGCCAAAAUACUGACAGCUCAUUGCGAGUAGGUGACAACCUGCGUGAAGCUCCCCGUGGGUUUCUGUCAUUUUGGAGGUAUAUCUCUCUUGUUUUCAAGAUGCAAGUGACACCCGGGGGGGGGGGCACUUGGGUAUUUUUUGGGUGGGUAUGUGCCGCCCGGGACUCCAAAUUGGCACCCCGUUCUAAAAAAAAUUUCCCCUAAAAUUGAUACCCCGUUCUAGAAUUCGCCCUAAAACUGAUACCCCGUUCUAGAAAUGGGCCAAUUUUUUAUACUCCGUUCUAAGGUGCAAAGAGUACAACAGUUUGCUUGUUAACGCAUGGAACCGUAUUUUUAAAAGCAAUCUGUCCUUGAAUAAUUUCAAAUGGCUGCUUACAAAACUGGAGCUUUCGUGCGUUCGAAAUAUUAUACCCCGUUCCAGAAAACGCCUCUGAAAUUGAUACCCCGUUCUAAAUCAGGAGCUUCAAAAUCACGACCCCGUUGGGCGGCACAUACCAGUAUAGGUAAUGUAUGGGAGUACCCCCCCCCCCCCGAAGUGACAGUUGGAUCUAUGACUCCUUUUACUGAUCUCAGAAAUGAACGAGAGUCACAGACACCUGAUACAAGGAACUUUAAAAGAUUAAAGUGUUGUAUGUUAGAUAAAUAGACUGCGAGCAGUCUCAUACUUUUCUUUUGGGUCAAAAUAGGUCGAGAGCGCAUGUGAGGUGCCCGGGAGAGGCUCCGCCCGAAAGGGGCUCAGCUAGUAUAUGAAAGGGUAGGGGUUUCACUAGUGGACGGUAUAUGAAAGUUAAGAGAAAUCUGUCAUUUUGGUCUUAAAUGACUUAAAAGGGCUACAGAAGGAUUUUAUGGCUGUGAGAAGGUCGAGAAAAGUUUCUGGAGUUAUGAUUUAUUUCUUGAUCAAAAACGAUUUCUUAAAACAUAAGCAAGCGAAUAUUAACGUUAAAAGCCGACGUUUCGGCAUCAUCAUGACACCCUUCUCAAGGCAAAAUGAAUAAAUAAUGCGAAGAUUUGAUUUCUAUAGUCUCUACGAAUUAGCAUAAUAACAAAGGAUCACAAGUUCUUCAACUGAAUACCUUUGCGCGAAUCGAGUCCGUCUGCACGUAUUUAUUUAUAUUUUAAAAAUAGUGCAUUUACAGCAGUUAAAAGGGAUGCAAAGGUCUGAAAAAGAGGUGAGAAGAAAGGUAUGUGAAAGGGGUACAAUUUUUAAAAUGAUGGUAUACGAGGGGGGUAUAGGGCAUCAAGUAUACGUCCGCGUGGACUGAGUAGUAUCCAUGCUACCUAGUCCUGAACUAAUACUGUAAUAGGCUUGUAUCUUUACUUCCGCCUUUUUACAUGUAAGGUGGGUCCGGGUCCCUCGGGUCGGCGGGGUCUGCAAUAUAGAACAAGAAUAUGAUCGUCAAGCUCCCCAGUACUCCCAGUAACUGCAGAAUAUUUAACAUAACAACAUAAAAAAUCUGUUUACUAAUGUGAUCUGACUGACACUCAGCUAAAAAGCUAUGUAUUUUACCGGAAACCUCACAAUUGUAAGGAUAUAACGAUCUUAAUCCGAAAGAAAGAAAAGAAAAGAAAGAAAACGUGUGACCGAGUUUCACGCAAUGAUGACGAUCCGAUAGGCAAUCGCUGAUUAAAUUAAUUGUUUUCUCAUCAGCUCCAUAUUUUCGCAGUUUGAGAACAAUCAGAUCAAAAAUCCAUAGAGACCUGCCCAGUUAUCUUGAGUUUGUCCAGCUCUUUUCUCCAUUGUUCCGUCAAGCUCAAAAGCGGCGCAGCAAUGGAGCUAGCGUUAUAAUGCGAACACAAACUCAGUAUGAUAAAGGCCGUUAAAAUGUGGACAAACUCCAGUAUGAACAAGCCUUUCAACCCCCCCCGGGGGGGGGGCUCCCAUAUAAAAGUGACGGAGAUGCUCGUCGUCUCGCUUUGGGGUGUAAAUUGCAGAUUUUGGUCUCACUUAGGGUGUUUGGGAUGGAAAUUUACUGUAUUUGCCCGUUCAGGUAUGGCUUGGUACUGUGCAGAAAGAAAUUUACAGAAAAAUGCCCCGACACUGACCACACAGAAAUCUCCUUUAGGGGCCAGUUUAAGCUUGAGCCACACGCACAUUGGUCUACCUUAGGUGUAUAAUUUGAAUUUUUCGACGAGCAUCCCCGCUCAUUUCAUAUGGGAGUCCCCCCGCGGGCUUUCAAACAAUAAUUACUUUGAUAAGGAAGGUGUCAAUGUCCGAUAAUUUGACUUGGUCAAAGUUGCAUUAGAGUCACUGCCUUACUUUCAUUUUCACUAGAGUUACAUUUGCUGUUUUCUUCAUGUAUCUCCAGAGAGAAAUAACAGAUAUUGAAGUGUUUUGAUUUCAAUUUCAGUUCACGAUCGAUGGAUUUAGUCUGCUAAUGGUAAGUAUUUCUUGGCCACAACCUUGAUGCACGUUCACUGGUAAAUGUCAUAAAUGUCUACAGCAGCUGUGAACUCAAUAAUUUAAAAUAUUAUUGAGGAAUGGAGCUCUAGACGAUUGUAAAAGGUGCAUAUGCAUAUAGGUGACAUCGACGAUAUGGAGACAACAGAAAAAUUAACAUAUGUCCGGCCAAAACACCGCCCAUCUGAGCAGCCGUGUCAGUGGCAGUAAGCUUGUGAAUGUAGGUCGUCGACGGACAGAGAAGAAAUCAGUUGGUUUUUUCUCUUAUUGUAGUGUUCUAAGCACUUUCUGUUUCUGUUUUGGGUCAAAUAUAGAGCUUUAACUUUUAAACUAAAAUAAUCCCACGUUUGUCCGUAGGCUCUCACAGACGAUCUUCCCACAUGGGUACCGUACGCCUGCAGAAACUCUUUCUUGUCAGAAGACGCUUCGAAAGGGGCAACUAAAUCUCUGUUAACUGACGAUUUCUUUCAAGAAAUCAUUGGUUCACGAGGAACUGUAAUUUCCUGGCAGCCUUUUGAAGUAAGAAAGACGUUGUUAUGCACUCAUGUAUGGCAAACCUUCAGUGUGUGUCGGGAGUGGAGGCUUUCUUGCUAUCGCAUGGAUUUGCAAAUAUAGGUCCUCCGUAUCUCACGGGCAGGGAAUUCAAUUAAUGCCAAACUUCCGCGUUACGACCGUUACAGAUCAUGUACUGCCCGGGCUGUCAUAGAAUAUACAUCUGUUGCCCGAGGUUGUUCCAGGAAAUGCCAAAUCCCCUGAAUCUCUACCCCCACCCUUGGCGUUUAAUUACAAAAGUGCAUUAUUAAGACCUUUAAAGUCACUCUAGGUAUACUUUUGAGCAUUCAACAUCAUAGAAAAUCGGUGAUUUUUUCGCCAGGUACCGCUGCAAAAAAUAGGUCUGACCACCACCUGUAAGAGAAGUCAAGAGGAUGACAGUUUUAUCGGUCUCCAUGGUUUCGAAAUCGAGUACAGAACGAACUGUGGUAAGACUUUUGAAGUAUGUGAUCCUGAUAUACAUAAAACGACGUAAACGAAGAUACACCGAAAUAGAUAUAGGUAGCAAUAAUCACACAGGUUACAUUCCGGAAUGUGUAAGGGUAAUUAAAUCUAGAACAAUACUGAAAGCCAAUCAAUAGACUAAAUUCCUCAAUAAAGUACAUAAGAGACAAUGUUAACGUUACUUGGCGUUUACAACUUUCUGUCUUCAUACCAAGUUUCAGUGCGGUUUGAGUGGUAUAUUACUAAUAACAACUGACCUCUCUCUGUACUGUGUUUGACAAUAUUGUUUUAAAAUAAACUUUAGAUUUAAGGACGAGAACGCCACUACGAGUACCAGAUUUGACCUAACGUUUUUUCGCGGCGUAUUCUCAAAAUAUAGACUUCCCGGAAAGCUUCAUUUGCUAACAUUUGAUAUCUUGUUUUCGCCAGCACGACAUGCUAAAACUCAGGGGCACCCAGCUACUGUUUUCUGUAUAAUAUCUGUUCGGAGAAGCAAACAUUGUCUAGAAUUUUCUUUUGCUUGAGGACGGCUAAAAAUUUACAGAUAAUCGUUCCAUUCGCGUACAAUUUUCGAAGCUUAUCUAAUAAAUUCCCUAUGAUUUUCUGAAGUCUGAUUGUUCAUAUUUUACUAACCAGUUUACACUAGUUUUUGUAGAAAAAGAAAACCUAAAAUUUUCAGAUUCUAAAAUGUGACGGAGAGAGGAAUCACAAAAUUCUCUUUUUCGUAAAGCGUUAAAUUGCACCUAAAAUUUUCGGAAAAAUAAUACUGAAGCCCUUGUAAUUUCGAAAAGACUCAAGAUCUCCUAGGAUGACCGAACAGAUAAAAAUUUUGUAGUGCUGCCUAGAGUGCAUUUAUAGAGAUCUAAAAACACUCUGGAUAGCCUAAAAAGUGUUUUCAACAUAUUUUGAAGGAAACCGUCGUUGGGUGCCCCUGAAAACUCGUAGUAGAAUGACGACGGCUAAUACAUUUUCCCACCAAAAUGACGCUGGUUCUCGCCCGAGCACUAGGUAUUGAUACUCGUAGUCGUACUCGUCUUGCCACCCGUCUUAGAAUCUAAAGCUCUCUACUCUUUUCGCUUGUCCCGACUAAGUGUUAGGCUACUCAGGGAAGAUUCAACCACAGCUUACUUACUUGUCUCCUGUUCUGCCAUUUUUUUUUCUCACCAUUUUCCAAAACUACAGAAGAAGGACCAAGAACAACCGCGACCAAAACGCUACGCGUCGUGGCCAAGUGCAAGCCAGUGGCGGAAAAAUUUGUGAAAAUUUUUGCAAAUUGGAUAUGUCAACAACCAGGAGAGGUGAAUCAGUACGCCGAGCUGUUCAAGCGUACGUCGUAUUUUAGGUUAGUUUGUUGAGUUAAUUAUUAUGUUUUAUCAAGAGCAUUAUGGCUCUUGGUUUGAUGCUACAAAUUGAGGUACCGAGCUCGAAAAAUAUGCAAAAUGCAGAACUAAGUAUGGCAGUCCGUUUAUUUCACGAAAUCGGUUUUUUUAAGCGUAAUCCUGUGGCGUGAGAUUUUCGCGUGAAGACAAGGAUUUUUCGCGUUUCUCACUAUUUUCUCCGUUUUCAUCCUUGCAUGUUCCAGAACGGGGCGGAUAAUCCGCCCUGUUCCAGAACUUUCAUUUGACCGCUCGCGCGUUCUUGGCCUACACAAAAAUACAGGCUGUUUUGCAGUAAAAAAAAAUGACUCUUUCUUCAAUGUAGGCUAAUGUGACCAGCGCCCUUUCGUAAACAAACGACCCGCGCCAUCAUUGGUCAUUUGAUCCUGGCAGUUAUGGCAAAGAUUAUGUACAUGCAUUUAAAAGGUACUAUAUUUUGUUUUACAUGAAUUGAAGGAACUCAGAUGUAAGGGAGAUAAAAGUAAUGAGUACGCAAGACCAAAGGUUUAUGGACAUCGCGCCAAAAGUUUACUACACCAUAUGUAACCCAGUCAAGGUAUGCUGUGAAUACCUACCCGCCUAGGCGUUAUCUCUUACCCCAUUGUCCCGCGCGAAGUCUAGGAAAGGGUAGUCUCUCUCGCAGACGCCACAGCGGGAGAGAAAAGUCCAGGCGACCGAGCCGAGAACGCCUAAGGACUAGGCUGGUGAAUACCGUUGCCCGUUCCCCCACUUACAGCCCCGCUGUUAUAGGGCUAGGCCCAUUUCCCUGGAAGUAAAAAAAGACACAUCCGAGUAUAAGCCCCGGACAUAAAUCCCCUCUAGCUUGUACUGAAAUUGAUUCAAUUUAUUAUGAUGUUUUGAAACUUUUAAACAUCAGUAAAUGCAAAACGUCCUGAAAGCGUGUAUAUUUCUAUCAGAUCUGCUAUGGCUUAUUUUGAAGCGCUUUUUUUAUUUCCGGUAAAAAGCCCCGUCGGAUAUAAACCUCUCCAUCUGUACGCCCUCUUAAAACCCCUUAAGAAGAUGUAAGGAGCAGUUAACAGUAAUCCCACAUUUCCUCCAGUAACUUUUAAGUGAUAUUGUUAUAUUGCAGGAAUUGUUUCCCACCAGUGCGCUCUCUCAUUGGUUACUUCGAGGUCAAAUGACAUCGAACAAUGAAAAUGUUUCUCGCCGAAAUCUCUGAGCGGGCAACAGUGCAAAAUCUUUGACGUCAGAGGGUAACGGCGCACUGUUACCGGCGAAUGUUGACCGACGACCGCCGUUACAGCGAGGUCAUGAAUUUCCAGCUGACAUUGAGAUUCUCGGGAUAUAAAAUUAACUGUUUCCCAGUCAUUAAGUGUUUGAUGUAUAAUUCUCUCUUUAUUUUUCUUUCUUUACGGCAGGAACUUUUCGUUAUAGUCAUGGAAGAUUUCACAGAUCAUGUGACUCACCUCAAUACCGUCAAUCAUGCCCCGCAGGUUUGGGACCAGAAAGAUAUAAAGGUUUGAAUUCCAUUCAGUUGUGUUUUAACGCUGACUAGGUACGGUAAAACGGGCAAAAAAAAUAAAUAAACGUUCAACUUGUUUUGCAACAUUGCUGCAAAACUGGUUGAAAAGCUUGCCUAGUCCCUAUGCCUCUUACACGCGGCCGAUGAGUUUCAGGUCUCGUGGACCGAGCGUGGUCCGAUGGCUGUUUGUGUCGGAUAGAUCAGCCGAACAGGGACCAGGCAAAUGAAAAGCUACGUUGCACGUUUUUACCACCCACGUUCAAACCGGUCCUGCAACAAAUCACGUUUUUGCAGGUUGUGGAAUACUGACUUCUGAUUUGUUAAAAUUACGUGGGAGUCACGCCAUACACGGGAUUUAAAUCACUUGCUGUAAAACAAGUUUGCCUUGGGCCGGUAAAACGGGUAACAUAUCAUGUACAGAUUUUGUUGCCAAAAUUAGAACUACUUUCAACUUUUUGCAACAACUUUUCGUAGCCUGCAACAACCUGAUUUGUUGUAAAACAGUUUUGAUUGGUGGGUGGUAAAACACGCAACAUCGCCAUUCAACUCGUUUUGCAGCAAUGUUGCAAAGCAAGUUGCGUCUUCCUUGCCCGUUUUAGCGUGACUUUCGUUCGUGUUGGUGCUAGCAAAUGGCAUGGAAAUACAGUACUCGCUAUCCAGUUUUUUGAAACACUUCUAGGUGUCUGACAACGUAUAACAAAAGUAAAAGUAAGAAUAAAAUAAAAGGAAUCGGGCCUGUCCGGGAGUCGAACCCGGGACCUCUCGCACCCAAAGCGAGAAUCAUGCCACUAGACCAACAGGCCGACGACAGGAUUCGUCGUUUUGCGUGAUAGUCUUAUAACUUGUUAAAUGCCACCUGUCAGUCCCCUGAACUACCUGUACUUCCUUCUAAUAACGCAAAACAGCAUUUUUUUUCUGUUGAUUUCCUCUUUAUUGUUGUUUUUUUUUUUAAAAAGAAAGCAUUUAUUUGUUUGAUUAUACAGAAAGAAUGGUGAAAAAUUACAAAUACAGCGCUCAUCUAGAUUGUAACACUAGCUCUGAUGACGUAUUCCGGUCCUUAUCAAAUCAAUUUGUGAAUUGUACAUUUGGAGACAUGAUCAAACAGGCAAAUCCAAGUACAGCAACAGUGUAUUGAUUUGGUAUGAUCGUUCCCCCCUUUAUAUAACCAGAAUUUACCUCUGUCAAGUUUUCUGACUUGUAAUUGGCUCAACAAGGUUUAACAAGUUAUGUAGCAUCUAUGUACAGCUCUCAUUUUCUCAGUGAAAUAACAAAAUUUCAAAAUAGUGAAGAAUUCUGAAAGUGAAAGUGAAGAAUGAAUUUCAUAUAUACUUCACAUCAGUGAAGAAUUCUGUCCAAAUUUUACUUAAAUGAUUCCCUCGUUGAAAUUUCCUUUUAGUUAUACAGGAAGAGUUUGGACUGGUCUAAAUAUAGCUCUGAGGCUGGGGCAAUUGUCUUUUUUUGUAGGUAACUCUCUGAAUUCGUCUCUCAAGUCGGUUCUAGGAACAUUCUCUAUAAAAAAGAUGACUAUCUUUUAGAUAACGAUCCAUUUCUUUCUCAGACUGCUACAUGACCAUUUGCAUGUUAUUUAUUCUCAGCUGUAUUUUAAUCGCUUGAUUCUUUAUUCAACCUUCAACCCCAAAGGUUGUGCUUCGAGAUAUCGCCCGGUUUCACAGCAUCCAUCUUGGUGAUGUAGCCAGCCUCACCUCAGAAUCAUGGAUGUGUGUGAUCAGUGGUAGUGUUAUAAAAUCGUUGAAGGGGUUUUGGCGAGCUCUCUUACGUAACAGUCACAUGACGUUUCCUGACAUCUGGACACAGAACAGGUGACGGCAGAAAGCUGUUUCCAUUCCGUAAUAUAUGAACCUCUAUAUGGGUGGGUGCUGUGGAUGUCGUUUUCGUCGUGCGUUUUAUAUCAAAUCAUUAGUUCUUGAAAGAAAUCGCGAGAAAGCGUCCCAUAUCAAGAAUUUUUUGCGUGAUAACGCUACCAGCGAGCUCGAGCAACCACGAUGAUGACGGAAUCGAGAAAUUAAAAAGAAACAGGUUAAAUAAGCAAAAUAAAACUCCGAACGUGCAGCAUACUUUUUGGUGUAUUUCUUUGCCUUGAUCUGCCGUUGAUUCCGAUCAAGUUAUCGGGAUCAGUGUGCCAUAUCAAUAGCGAUCAUCAAUAGCGUUCGUCGCGACUUUGAUUUCGUCGGAAAUACCCAUAGAGUCUAAAACCUACAAUAAUCCUCUAUCUUCAAAAACGUUAAAAAAUGACCUUAUGUUUUCUAUUUUAGGACGCAACUUGUUGGCAGUUUUAUUGACAACCUUGACCGCGUGUGGCAAGUUAUCGAACCAUUUCCUCGAACUCUGGUUCACUAUGAUUUUACUCCAAGAAAUGUGUGUUUACGUAAGCAAGAAGCAACUAACGAAAGACACAAUGACCACCUAAUAACAACCAAUAGAUCAAUAUUCCGACAGUCUUGCAUUUACGACUGGGAAAUGGCAACAAUUCAUGUUCCUCAACAUGACGUGGUUGAAUUCCUCGCUUUUGUGCUCCCUGGAAAAUGUGACGUCACGACUCGCACGAACUUAGUGCGUUUUUACCAAGAACAACUCGAAAACUUCAGUGGAAGAACUUUUGACAAGAAUCAGUUCAUGAACGUUUUUAAAGCAACGUGUUGUAUCUAUGCAUUGCACCAGCUUUCGCUGAAGACUGUAACACACUCAGUGACUCGAUUAUCUUAUUUCCAAAGAGCUGUUGAGUCACACAUGGGGUAUUUGGAGGAACUAGAAGCAAGUAGCUGUCUCGAGUUCCCAUAA